UAACUCAAAAUAUUUUCGCUAUGGUUUUUUUUUAAUAAUUUCGUGUGUGAAACGGUGAUAUUAUUGAUUUUUUAUUGCAUUUAAUGCAUCGACCAGCUGGGACAGAUCGAAAUCCGCUGGAAGACUCUACGGAUUUCGCACACGGAGCCAGUGAAAAAGUUUUGUUUACCUUUUUUCGAUAUCCCAGAGUUCUGCGAUUUGCGUCCGUGUGUGCGAGUGCCCCUGUGUAUAUGUGCAUGGACGUGUGGGUUCCUAUGUGUGUGUGAGCUGGUGUGCAAAAAUGGAAAUGCAUUCUCAAUAAAAUCAAAUAAAUGGGCCAACCGCUAAAAAAUAGUGCAUUCUAAAAUUGGUUGCUUAAAGCUGCGCACAUGGAAAAUGUGCCCGAUAUUUCCUCCAGCGCUUCGUCUUCUUCUUCUUCGAAUUCUACUUCCACUCUGAAACUCCAAAGCCAAAUCAAUUCCAAAAAUGUCCUGAUUCGAUCGCAAAGCAGCGGCAAGUUAUUCAGCAAUGAAGCUAAACCGGCAAAGGCAACAGCAGCAACCAGUACAACGACGACUCUGCGAGCGGCCAAGCUCAAGAUCGGGGCCAUGCAACAGCAGAAGCAGCAACUCCAGCAGCAGCAGCAGCAACAUCAGCCCACGAACGGCAGCAACAUUAUCCUGCUGCGUGGCACUCGCAACGAGAAUGGCCAGAUCAUUAUCCAGAACAAACAGGACAUACUCAGCCUGCUCAGCGAACAGCAGCAGCAGCAGCAGGAGAAGAGCCACUCCGCCACGGCCAUCACGCUCAAUCAACUGCCCACAGCAACAACGGUGGCUAGGAAGACCAUUGUGCAGAGCUCGGGUGGAACCACCAACAGCAGCAGCAGCAGUGGUAACUCCACCAUUUCUAUUGUGGCAAGUGGUAACAACAAGGAGGCCAGUAGUAACACGAUCCUUCUACAAACCCCCAUCAAUGCCAGUCAGUUGGAGAGCGUUUUAAAGGCUCAGGAGCGUUCCAAGCAGGCGAAUGUCACACAAGCCAAGAUGGUGGAGCGGCCCUUUAUGCUUAAACACGCCUCUCGCAGUCUCAGUACUGAGAGCAACUGUGACAGCAAAUCCCCAUUUGUCCUACAAACGCUGAAGCGUUUGGAGAAGUCGCAAUCCAUACUGGUGAUACGCAACUCCACAGCUUCGUCCUCUGCAACCAACACUUCCAUGGCCACUUCGCCACCGAAUGGCAAUAGUCUGGCCACCUCAAGUAUUCUAAGUGUGACACGCACUACAAAGGCGGCCAAGGGUGUGGCAGGAGCGCUGCACAAGCUCAAGGUGGCGGCAGCAACAACAGCUAACAGCGGUGGAGCAACAUCAGCGGGUGCAACACCAUCCACGGCCACUACUAUACUUAGGCUAGGAAAAAGCGCCACCACAGUGGCCAUUAAUGGAGGCAGCAAGUUAGAGGCAACGACAACCACAACAACAACAAUAGCAGCCGCAGCAACAACGACAACAUCAAAUAAAUUGUCCAACGCGGUGACAACCGAGCAGCAGCAACAGCAACAGCAGCAGCAACAAUCGACAACAACGCAAACGAAUGUGCCUCUUGGGAACGAUGGCGAACCCAUCAAGUUGCCCGACAAUUUGGAGAGCCUGCCAAGAGCCGACAGUUUUCCAUCACAGCGUCAUCGUUGGAAUACAAAUGAGGAAAUCGCUGCUAUUCUUAUCAGCUUUGAUAAGCAUGGCGAGUGGCAGUCCAAAGAGGUUCGAACCAGACCCAAGAGCGGAUCACUGUUGCUGUACUCAAGGAAGAAGGUCCGUUACAGACGCGAUGGAUACUGCUGGAAGAAACGCAAGGAUGGCAAGACAACCCGUGAGGAUCACAUGAAACUUAAAGUACAAGGCACUGAGUGCAUCUAUGGUUGUUAUGUACACUCGGCCAUAUUGCCCACAUUUCAUCGCAGAUGUUACUGGCUAUUGCAGAAUCCUGACAUUGUUUUGGUGCACUACCUGAAUGUCCCGUAUCCGGAUGAUAAUAAAAUGGCCGUGAUUGCGCCAAGUAUCACACUUUGGGGCGAUAAAAAGGAAUGGACCAAGGAGGAGCUGGUCAGCCAGCUCAAGCCCAUGCUCUCCACAGUUAAUUCAGACGACGACUCUGAUUCCGGCAACGACAUAGAAAUAUCGACGGCGGAGACAGUGGAGUCCAUAGUUUGUCAGCUUAUGGAGAAGCAGAGAUUAUCCCGUCAAGCUGCGCUGGUCAAGCAGCUGGACUGCGGCUGCGGGGAUGGAGGAUGUGCGGACGGAAAAACAUGCACGCAUCCCGUGAUGCGGCGAUCGGCUGCCAUGCUGAAAUCCUCAGUGCAGGAGAAAAGGCUGGGGGAGAACUUCAAUGGCAAUUCGCCCAAUGUGGUGGUAGCCAGCAAGCUCUACUCUCGAUGGGCAGAGCGGCCAAGACAGCACCUGGACAAUCAUGGGCAGUUUCAUAAUGUAACGCAGCAAUUGCCACAGGAGUCGGCCAUUAAGUUUCAGAUCAUUCCGCCGCAGCAGCAGCAGGAUGGGAACUACCAACAGCAGCAGUAUCGGGGAGCCAGUCAAAUGCUGGCCGCCAGGAUGCAACAGCAGCAGCAGCAGCAGCAGCAACACCAACAGCAGCAGCAGCAAUACCACCAGCAACAACAGCAACAGCAUUUGAGCCUGCAACGUUUCGUUGCGAGUCAAAGCCAGAAUUCGGUGCAUCUCAAUCAGCAGCAUAGACUGCAAAUAGCCAAUACAACGAUCACAGCCACAGCCAGAGAUCCUGCGACGACUUCAGCAGCAGUAGCAGCAGCAGCAGCGGCAGUCGCCUCAAAUGUUAUGGACACUGAACUAAUUGAAAAUCAAAACCACAUGACCGCAAACAAAAUCACAAACUCCACCAGCAACAGCAGCAGCAAUAGCAGUAGCAGCAAUGCCAGCAAGCAAUUAGCAGCUCAAACAAACAACGAAUUAAAUGUCGUAAAUAAUAACGACCCCGGCAACAAUAACUUUAUGUACAAUCAACAGCAGCAACUUAAUGCUUCCAGCAACAGCAACAACAGCAGCCAGCAGCAGCAGCAACAUUAUUAUAAAUUGCAACAGACAACAGUAACAACCCCAACUAGUGGUCAGCCGCCUCCUCUGGUGCAAGUUCAACCCCUUUCCUUGCCCCAACCCCCCGUGGAGGCCAUGUGCAUGUCACCCGAGCAUCGCAGCAGCAGCAGCAGCCAGCAUCCCACACCUGCAACGUCUUCCGCUGGCAACAAUCUCCCUUCCUCAUCCACACCCACAUCCAUAUCCACACCCACAUCGGGCACUUCGUCCACUUCGAGUUCCUUACAAUCGAUUAUCGAUGGCAAUCAGCAGCAACAAAUUACAACGACAUCGACGGCAGCAACUUGUGAUAAUUUAAUGAGCGCCAAUGCGCUCUCUGAGCAGGACAGCAACACAGUCAACAAUCAGGCCACAGAAGCCCACAAUAGGAGUCAGCCGCAGUCGCAGACGCUGGCUCAACCCUUGAACCAAAAUGGUUGUGCAACUUUCAGUGCUUCCAGUGAUAACAGCAGCCAAAUUAGUGACGAGAGCAGCAGCUUUGGCGGUAACAAUCAAAACAGCAGCAACAGCAGUAGCAGCAGCGAGGAGGAGCCCCAGGCGGAGACGUUGAGCUUCUUUAACGAGACAUUGGAUCUGUCUCACGAGGAUAUUCAGCGUACUUUGAUUGCCAAUAUGCCGUACAAUACUACGGUAACAGGAGCAACAGGAACCGUCAAUACAACGACAGCAACAGGCAACUGCAAACUGGAGAACAAUCAACAGGAGGCGGAGAAGAAACCCUCGCUGGGAACUGACCCUGAAACGGAGGUUGAAGAGGACGAAACGGAUGAUGUGUUUGCCAAUCUGGAUGCCUUCGAUAUGCUCGUGGAGUUUCCAGAAUUGGAUUUAGAUGACAAACAGGCCCUGAAUAACACCGCUUUGGAGCAGGGCUCCUUUUUGGGAGAAGCAACGCCAACGCAGCCUCGCAAGGUCCUUAAUAUAUGCGACUUUAGUCCCGAGUGGUCUUACACGGAGGGAGGCGUUAAGGUUCUGGUGGCCGGACCCUGGACCAGUGCGAAUGGUGGUGCCUACACUGUGCUCUUUGAUGCCCAACCCGUGCCCACGCAACUUGUGCAGGAGGGCGUACUCCGCUGCUAUUGUCCCGCUCAUGAGGCGGGCUUUGUUACUCUGCAGGUGGCCUGCGGCGGAUUUCUAGUCUCCAACUCAGUGAUGUUCGAGUAUAAGCUCUCACUGCUGGCGGAUGCUCCUUUCGAUGCCAGCAGCUCCAAUGAUUGCCUGUACAAGUUCACGCUGCUCAAUCGCCUGUCCACCAUCGAUGAGAAGUUGCAGGUGAAGACAGAGCAGGAGCUCACGACCGAUCACACCGCUCUCUAUCUGGAGCCCAACUUUGAGGAGAAACUGGUGGCGUAUUGCCACAAGCUGAUUAAGCACGCCUGGAGCAUGCCUAGCACAGCUGCCUCUUGGACAGUUGGAUUGCGUGGCAUGACCCUGCUUCAUUUGGCAGCUGCUUUGGGCUAUGCCAAGCUAGUGGGGGCAAUGCUUAAUUGGCGGUCAGAGAAUCCACAUAUCAUACUCGAAACCGAACUGGACGCCCUUAGCCAGGAUGUCUAUGGUUUUACGCCGCUCGCCUGGGCCUGUGUGCGUGGUCAUGUGGAGUGCUCCCUGUUACUUUACAAGUGGAACCACAACGCCCUGAAGAUUAAGACCCAGGCCCAACAGACUCCCUUGGAUUUGGCCAACAUGCGUGGCCACAAACAUUUGCUGGCACAGAUGUAUCGGCUGGAAAAGGAGCGCUGCCGGAAGCCACAAUUACGCGGAGGUUUGGCCAAUCUUUCGAUGAACAUGGGCGUGGACGCUGAGACGGAUGAACACCAGAGUUUCAGUAGUUUCGAUUUGGAGCUCCAGCGCAAGCAUGAUGGAGUUUUCCUGAGACCAGUUGCUGUGCAUAGCAAUCAGAGUCCGCCCAAUAACAGCAGUCGUUAUUCCAAGCGAUCCUCCAUAGACAGUGGUAUUAACAUGGAUAUACGGACCAAAUCAGGAAAACCUCUGGCCAGGCUUCAUAGCAACUUUGAGAGCCAUGACAAUUAUGCUCUGGGCGUAGACUCGCCGCUGGACUCCUUGACUGGGACCAACUGUCUGCUGUCGCCGCUGCGUAAAAUGGACUUUGCUCUCUGCGAGGUAUCGACGGGCGAAUCAAGUCCCGUGCACGAGAAAGAUUGCGACGACAACUCAACGAGCGCGACCGACGUGACCAUUGGCAAUGACAUGGCCCUGCCCGAUGCCGUUGUAGGGGAUUCUGAUGCCAAAGUACUGACAUUAGCGGAGCACAUAAUAGCAGCCAUGCCAGAAAGGAUCAAGAACGAAGCCGAUGAAAUGAUGGUACUGGGUAGCCCUUUGACGGAACCCCUCACCUCAGAAUCUUCAGCGCUAACGGAUAGCUUUAUGGAUCCCCUGCUGGAUUCACUACCCAACACUCACUUUGAUAGCGACUUUAGCUUUGACUUCCAUGAUCAUAGCUAUCGCUAUCAUGAUGUCAGCACGCCCUGCUCCAGCUUGAGUCCAGCCAGUUCUGGGCCACUGCAGUCACCAGCCAGUUACUCGAUAUUGGGAACUGAUCCCUCUGUCAGUUCACCCAGUCCCCCGCCAUCCACCAAACAGUUGACGGAGUUUCUACACGCCUCCAGCAUCUCACAGUAUCCGUUUGAGGCGGAUUUCUCCAAGCUUACCCUUACGGAUACAGAGCAACGAGAACUUUACGAGGCAGCCAAGUGCAUUCAGAAGGCAUAUCGCUCGUACAAGGGCCGACAGAAGCUCGAAGAGCAGAAUAAGGAAAGGAGUGCCGCCACUGUGAUCCAGAACUAUUACAGGCGGUACAAGCAGUACGCUUAUUACAGGCAAAUGACAAAUGCCGCUUUGGUUAUUCAGCAUGGCUAUCGCUCCUAUCGACGGAACAAACGAUUCAAGAAGAGCGGUUUGGGUUUAGGCAGCUCCAGUGAUCAUGGCAGUGUGAGCAGCAACUCGCAGUGCCUGUCCAGCUUUUACGAUCACUACAAACAGGAUCAGCAGCAGCUGCACGAGAUGGGUUCACAGCCCAGCACGCCCAAGGAAACUAGCCCUUCGGGUCCUUUGAAGCGAACAUACUCACAGUCCACCCAAAAUCAAGCUGCCAGGAAAAUCCAACAGUUUAUGAGACAAUCACGCAUCAAACUACAGAAAGAGCGAGCCGAAAAAGAGAAGCUGGUGCACCAACGCAGGGCGGAAUACCUUCAAAACUUGCAGUUUCAAGGGCAGCAGGAAAUGUUGGUGUGCCACGAAAAUAACAUUUCUGUGCCGAGCAGUGGGAACACCAAUGCGAGCAACAACAACAAUCUACACGAAAUACAAUCCAAUCAGUGAGGGUCAACUGAGUGAAUUUUUAACAUAGGAACAGGCUGCACGGUUCCAUAAGAAUUUAUGAAUAGCUUUAACAACCGAGUGAAACUUUCUACUUUCGUAUUUGUUCCAAUUUGGAAAAACAAUACCCAGCACCUCUGUAGUGAAACUUUGUUUCAAACCCCCCUCUCUCUCUAUAUCUUUGACACACUCUGAAUUAGUAGCAACUACCUGCACUUUGAUUCAUUUGUCUAACGAAUUUUAAGAAACUAUGGAUAGAAAUCACACAUUGUUUUCAAAGUGAAAUGUAGCUUAGGUUAGUGGUCUUUUUAGGUAUUACCAAAAAACCUAAACUUAACUGAAGAUCGGACUCCAGGGAGAAGAUGAAAACACAAUUUUUCCAUUUGUCAACUCAAAAGAACUUAUUACUGAAGCCUUUGAAAAACUUUUUAACUCCAAUUGUAGUAAAAAAAAAAAAAAAAAAAAGAAAACGUAGCCUGCAAUAUAUACAUAUUAUAUAUACAUAAAAUUUAAACCAAUAUUACGCAUGUGUAUGCAUCUAUAUAGUUACAUUUGUAUAUAGAUAUUGCCUAACUAACUAAAUUCUAGUCUAUUUUAACGUACUACCAGGCUCUGCGAUGCGACUAAGCUUGUCUCUAAAGCAAAAUACAAAAAAAAGAUAAAGAAAACAAAAAACCAAAAUCUUAAAUAUUAAUCCUCGAUCCUAACUAGUUGCUAAUUGCUCUUUAGAUUUAAGCAAAAGACUCCACUGAAAGUCCAAAAGUUGUUGUUGAUUUCUAAAAUCAGAUUCGUAUGGAGUGCGCAGCAGCUACCAAUCUAUCAUGUUUCAAAGAAAACUAAACCCUAUUCUAAUUUCUAAUACGCAAGUACUUAUUACGAUAACGUGUACUAAGUCUUACCUUAUCUGACUAUAUAGACUAAGCCUAGCUAAUGAUAGAAAAAAAUCAAAAGAAUGUAUUGCAUGUGGGCACUAUGACCAAAAAUUAUAUGCAUCCAAAUCCAAGGGCGGUCAGCCAAAAAAAGAACACAGAUGAAAUAUUCUGGAAUUUUCAACUUUAUGCUGCUGCUUUCCCCCAAACUGAUUGAUCGCGCCAGUCAAUCUUAACUGCUUGAAGAAACACAGCCAAAAGAAACCAAAUCAUGCAAGAGAGAAAAGUUUUUAAACUAAAUGUAACAAUAAAUGAAUUUUUGUAAAUUAUUUUUGUCCGUCCACAUUGUUAGCUUUCAUAACAUACCAACAAAAAAAAAGAACAUAUAUACUUACAAAUAUACAAUAUAUAUAAUAUAGAAAGAGCCGAUACUGAUACGAUAACAACCCAAGAAACAAUUUUAAAAUUAAAAUGAUCGUUCAAGUUCGAAUUCAAAUUAAUAAACAGAGUUUGGAUGACAGUUGGACGAUGAAUGUACAUACACCAGCUCGAUGCCUAUGUGUCAGCACAUAGGAUCAGAGACACUUACCUCUAGCAGUCCCAAAAAAACAAAACAAAAGAAAGAAAGAAAGCCACAAAAAACCAAACUCACAAAAACCCAAGUGCAAAAUAAAGCAACUUCAAGUGCGAGAGAGUGUGAAAUCUGCGUAUUGCGAUGUGCAAAAUGGGCUGUAAGUUGACGUUUUAAUCGACGACAUAAAUAAUCACAACCAGAGAGGCGCAUCUGUUGAGGAUAAAUGGAUGGGAUUUAGGAUCUAUCACAUUGUUAACUAUUUAACUACGAACUAUUAUACUUAAUUCGCACUAUUAUUAAUCUACGAAACUUUGAUUGCAUUUUGCUCUAACUUAACUAUGUAUAAAUCUGAUCAACUGAUUCGAAAUGAAGACUAAAUACGAUUUCACUACUCAACUGACUUAAGAAUUGCAAUCAAUUUUGUUAACUGUUUAGGCAGGGUGUUAGACAUGUACCAGCUGAAUACUAAAUCCAAUUAAUUGCAAUAUUUGCACAUAAUAUACUACACUACACAAAACUACUACACACAAGACACGCUCUGGCUCACAAACACACAUACACAUACACACAAUUUAUAAACCUCAAAGUAGCAACCUGAGUGUGUUUUAAUGGAAGGACGUCUUUUUAGAUAGAGGGAGGCCAAAUGGCAAAGAAAACUUAAGUACCUUAAGCCAAUUGGCACUAAAACUAAACUUAAAUCUAAUAAACAAUUAUAAAUACCUAUAACAGACUAUAUAAUCUAUAUCGAAGUGGCGGUGUCUGCGAUCGUAGGGCAUUACUCCCAAAAACCUAGUUUUGUUUGAACUUCUUUUUUUUUCCAAACUUCAACUGAACUAAAAUUCUAAUGCAACACCAAAAUUGUUGAUAUCUAACGACGAAACUUUAAACAAUACGAAAAAAAUACUAUUAUAGCUAAUGUAAUUGGAUAUUUGGUACUCACAUAUCUGUUAGAUAAUUUAUACCUAUACUUCGUCCUAAUAGAACUUCUAAGUGCGGCGCAUGUACGAUGAAGCAAGCAUUCUUCUUCAACUUCAACUAGCUAACUAACCAAACCAUCCAACUUUCUACCAAGUAAACCCAAAAUUCAGCUAAUUGAAAUGUUUGUUUCCGACUUUUCAGCUUAGUAGACCAGCAAAUAGGAACGGAUAUGAAACUGUUAACUAAACUUUUAAGCGAAAUAUACCUAGAGUGUAAUCUUUUUAAAUAUUAUACCUUACUUGUAUGGGAUACUUAGCAUGAACUAUACACAUAUAUCCGCAAACUAAAGAAUGUUUAACAAAUCAACGUAUUAUAUAUGUACAGACACAGACACUGAUACACCCCCAAACCAACCACAAACAAAACAUAGAGUUAUAUGUUAUAUAUAUAUAUAUAUAUAUUGUAAAACGACUUUCCAGUUUCUGUAAAAUUGUAAUUACAUCCAAUAAAGUUUAAUUCAACACUUUAA